AUUGUGAAAUAAAACUGUCAUUUUGUUUUUAUCAUUUGCAUCCAAAUUCUAGUGUUUUAUUUGAACAAUAAUUUUGGAAAAUCUCUAAUAAAAAAAGCCAAAUAAAUUCAUAGUUCCUUAAACAAAAAAAAUGUUAAAAUGCUUUCGACACCUUGGAGCUGAUAUAAAAUCGAAUUAUGUCGCUUGUUUGAAUAAUCCUAAUGUACGAAAUCUACGAGGCGGUUUGUUUUCCAAGGAUGCAACUUCUAUUUCAGCGCCAACAGUUCGGAUUAGAAAAGCCCUUUCCAAAGAUAUUCCACAAGUGCUGAAAUUGUUUUCAAAAACUUUCCAUGAAAAUGAACCGCUCAUCAAUGGAUUGCAAAUGUCCUCGGAUUAUUAUUCCCCUGCCUUACGAGAGCUUUGGCGGACCUACCUCGAGCAGGGAAUGUCCUUAAUGGCAAUUCCGCAAAAGUAUAAAUCUGACUCGCCAGUUUUUGGAGCAGUAGUGAAUACGAAAUGUUGUCCUUGGGACCCGGAUUUCCUGAACAAAGUUACGGCGUGUGUACGAUGCCCGAAAACAAGCGACUUGAUAAAUUUGUGGGCCCUCUUUACACGGGAGUCUAAAGUACACGAAAAAUACAAUCUUAACUCAUUUUUUCACAUCAAUCAUGUCCUAAUCAAUGAAAAAUCAAGCCUUGACUACAGUUACAAAUUGGAUAAGUCCUCUUUAUCGAAGAUUUUGGUUGGGAUGUCCUUACAACUGGCUCGUAGUCGAGGAUACGAUGUUGCAUGUUUGACGACGACAAGCCAACAUAUGGCUGAGGUGGCAUCCGAAGCAGGAAUGGAUUUAAUCUGGGAAUAUCCAUACGAGAAACUCCUGAAUAACGAUUUGAAUCCCAUUGUAAAGUGGAAGGAGCCAGAUACGCAUGUUAAAGUAUUUGCUACAAAAUUUUAAUGUUAAUCGUAGCACGGGGGUGUGUCAAGAAGAAGCCUUUUAUCCGGAAAAAUUAGCUUCCUUUAAAUUAAAGUCGAUUUUGGGAAACUUAAGACGGCUUGGAUUUAGAGAUGAGUAUUUUUCAGUUGUUUCGUCAUUUUGUAGAAAUGGGGUGGCGAGAAUGAAAAUAUAGGAGCAUUUGACGAAA